GGGGCGCGGGCUUCUGAGCGCCGCCGGAGGCGUCGUUGGGAGCUGGGACGCGACGCGCGGCGCGCUGCCGGUCCAGUAAUGGCCAUGCAGGUGCAGCUCGAAGCAAAUGCAGAUACGUCAGUGGAAGAAGAAAGCUUUGGACCACAGCCUAUUUCUCGGUUAGAGCAAUGUGGCAUAAAUGCCAAUGAUGUGAAGAAACUGGAGGAAGCUGGGUUUCACACUGUGGAGGCCGUGGCCUAUGCACCUAAGAAGGAGCUCAUAAAUAUCAAGGGGAUCAGCGAGGCCAAAGCUGAUAAGAUUCUGGCGGAGGCAGCUAAAUUAGUCCCGAUGGGUUUUACCACCGCAACUGAAUUCCACCAAAGGCGGUCAGAGAUCAUCCAGAUUACUACUGGCUCCAAAGAGCUUGACAAACUCCUCCAGGGUGGAAUUGAGACUGGAUCUAUUACAGAGAUGUUUGGAGAGUUCCGAACCGGGAAGACCCAGAUCUGUCACACCUUGGCUGUCACUUGUCAGCUUCCCAUUGACCAGGGUGGAGGUGAAGGAAAGGCCAUGUAUAUUGACACAGAAGGUACCUUUAGGCCAGAACGGCUGCUAGCAGUGGCUGAGAGGUACGGUCUCUCUGGCAGUGAUGUCCUGGAUAACGUAGCCUAUGCUCGAGCGUUCAACACAGACCACCAGACACAGCUCCUUUACCAAGCAUCGGCCAUGAUGGUAGAAUCUAGGUAUGCGUUGCUUAUUGUAGACAGUGCCACCGCCCUCUAUAGAACAGACUACUCAGGCCGAGGCGAGCUCUCAGCCAGGCAGAUGCACCUGGCCAGGUUUCUGAGGAUGCUUCUGCGACUUGCGGAUGAGUUUGGUGUAGCCGUGGUAAUCACCAACCAGGUGGUAGCCCAGGUGGACGGAGCAGCCAUGUUUGCUGCAGAUCCCAAGAAACCCAUCGGAGGAAACAUCAUCGCCCACGCAUCAACGACCAGACUGUACCUGAGGAAAGGGAGAGGGGAAACCAGAAUCUGCAAAAUCUACGACUCUCCCUGCCUUCCUGAAGCGGAAGCCAUGUUUGCCAUCAAUGCGGACGGAGUAGGAGAUGCUAAAGACUGAGGCACCGCUUUACCUACGGGAUGAGCUUUAGCACUGCACCUGAGGAAGGUGCCCCUGUUCUCAGACCUUCCUGUAGCGUUGUUACUGCAGCUACUGUAUCAACUUUUCUAAUGGUGUAAACAGACAGGUUAGUACUCGACCUGAUGUCUUAUUCCUUCCGAUUGUAACUUCUUUGGGAUUAUUUACCCUUGACAUAGUGCACUAAAUACCCAGUCUUAUUUCUUCAAAACCAAAGCUGAGGAGAGUUGGCUCUACUGUCUUGACUUCUGAAUAAUGGUAAAAUAAAAUGCCUUUCCAAGGCUAUGGGUCUCUUCACAGAUCUUUUCAUCUGUCAGUAAUACUUUAACUGCCGAUCAGAAGCAGGCUUUAGAGGCUAGGUGUUCUGUUUGUGUGUUUUUAGAGAGUUGAAUACACUCAUACAAAUUGGGUUUUCUUGGCCAGU